AUGAUUCUCCAAUGCCUUUUCCGGUUCUCCACGGCCCUGCGGUCUGCCCUUUCCCUUCAACUCCAGAGGAACAUCGGCUUCACGGCCAUUGCCUUCAACGAGACAAAGGAUCUCGACCCCAUCCAGAAGCUCGUCAUUGAUAAGAUUCGCGACUAUGACGUUAAAAGCAAGAAAGCAGGUGGCGUUGUUGAUGCUGACCCAGAGUUUCAGAAGAACAUGGAGCAGGAGAUAACGAAGUUGCAGCGACUCUAUGGUGGAGGAGAUCUUGAGAAGUUCCCAGAUUUUAAAUUUGAGGAAGUCAGCAAGUGA